AUGCGUUUAAUGAUUCGUCAUCUAUUAUCUUUAAUUCGUUCGCGACGACGAACUUCUUGUUUAUUUAUUAUUAGUAGUUGUCUUAGUAUAACAUUCAUUUUAUUUAUUAUUAAUCAUGAUCAACAAGCAGAAAAUAUUCCAAAUAAAAUCGUUCCAAGAGAAGACAAACAACCUAAAUUAUCGAAUAAUUUGACUGCAUUCAUUCAAAAAACUAUUCCUAUUCAAAGAAAAGGCACAUGGCCAGUAGAUGAAAAAGGUCGUUCAUUAAAAACAAAUUUCUUAGUUCUUGACUGGACAGGAUUUUUUGGUUCGGGAGCUAAUGAAGGUGAAGUUAUUCAAUGUCCAUCAUCCAAUACAACAUUUACAUGGACACAUCAACAAAGUCGAAUUGAUGAAGUUGAUUUUAUUGUUUCACAUGAUGGUCAAGGUAGUGGAGGUAUUCCAUUUGAUCGUUUACAUCUUAAUAAUGAUCAACAACAAUAUACAAUGGCAUUUGUUAUAGAAAGUGAAGUACAUUCAUUAACAGGUGAUGCUUGGGCAAGAUUUAAUUUUAAAAUGACAUAUAAUCUUGAUGAUAGUUAUCCAGAACCAGCAACUUAUUUUGAUAUAAAUACAUUUAUAAUUGAUUUACUUACACCAUCAAGUAUAUCUUUUGAAAAUAAAGAACAACAAGCAGAUAUUGUUUGGAUUAUUUCAAAUUGCAAUGCUCAUAAUGGUCGAGAAGGUUUUGUCGAACGAUUAAUGCAAGAAAUAAAAGUUGAUUCAUAUGGAUCAUGUUUAAAUAAUCGUCGUGGUUAUGGAGCUCGCAUGACUGAUAAUAUUGAUGCAUAUAAAAAGUAUAAAUUUGUUAUAGCUAUUGAAAAUUCUAAUUGUGUAGAUUAUGUUACUGAAAAAUUAGUUAAAGCAGUUGAAUCAGGUUCUAUACCUAUUGUUGCUGGUCUUAAUAAUCAUCCAGAUUAUCGACGAUAUAUGCCUGAACAUUCAUAUAUAAAUAUAUUUAAUUAUUCAUCAAUAAAAGAUCUUGCUAAUGAUUUAAAACGUAUUGGAAAUAAUAAAACAUUAUAUGAAUCUUAUUUAUGGUAUAAAAAACAUAAUAAAGAUAUUUCAAAAUUAAAAGAACUUUCAUUAAAUGAUAAAUUAAAAUAUUUAGCUGAUAUUAUUGGUUCAAAUGCAACAAUGAUUAUAAAUGGAAUUGCAGGAAAAGAAAAAAGUGAAAAUAAAAUUUGUAAACUUAUUCGAUUUGUUCGUCAAACACCUUGGCAAGAUAUUGCUACACAUAAAAGUACAGGACGAGUUGGUUCGGAUACUGCUUGUUUACCAAGAAAAUCUAUAUUAACUCAUUUUAACUCGAAACAUACUUAA